AUGUUGCAAUCAGAGAUCCCUGAACGCAGAUCUCAAAUCACCAUCUCCUUGAAGGCAUCUACGGACCUCAACAUGGCAAUGUUGUAUAACCAAUUAGAAACGCUACAGCGAAUAAUCGCAUGUUGCUUGCGAUUUAAGUACAAUUGCCGCUCGAAAAACGAAUCCAUGUAUGGACCCAUAACUGCAGGCGAGCUUCAAGGCACGCUGAAUUUACUUCUAAAACAGGCUCAGAAGUGGUAUUUUCUGGAAGAAAUGCACCUGUUAGCUCGGGGUCAACAUAUCCGAACCAGCAGUAAGCUGAGGUCUCUGACCCCAUUCAUUGAUGCAGCUGGGAUCCUGCGAGUUGGUGGCCGGUUACAACAUACGCAUGCGAGUUUUGAUGAACGCCACCCCAUUAUACUCAAUGCACAUGAUCAACUCACAAGGCUGCUAGUCGAUUACGAGCAUCGACAAUUGAUGCACGCUGGACCCCAACACCUAUUGGCUUCACUCCAGCGGCGAUAUUGGAUAUUCGGUGGACGAAAUGCAGUGCGUCUUCACACGCACAGGUGUAUGAAGUGCUGCAGAUGGCAAAUCAGGGCAGCGGCUCAAUUGAUGGGACCUUUGCCAGCCGCCAGGGUGAACCCAUCUCCAGCAUUUUAUGUCACAGGCUUCGAUUGCGCUGGUCCAAUAUCCAUAAGGCAUGGAGAAAUAAGGAGCAGGGUCCUCACCAAGGCACCUUUCGUUUGCUUUAGCACUCGUGCCAUUCACCUAGAACUGGUAUCAGACUUCAGUAGCGUGACAUUCCUUGCGGCACUGCGCAGAUUCAUAUCUCGCAGAGGAAGGCCGAUUUAA